AACAGGGAUGUUACCAGGAAAGCCUCACAAAAACUGCACAAAGACUUGUGUUGAAAUCACUAGCACCCCCUCCCACUCAGGAAAUGGAAGUGCUCGUAGCCUAGUUACCUGCUGAGGAGACUGUUACUCUUUCCAUGUGACGGCUGCCCAAUACCGGCCCCUGCAGCUGUACUAGAAUUCCACUAUGCACCCAUUUGCUUUUUUGGUUAUUCUGUCUGGACUGGCUACAUACAAAGCCCAACUUUGCAGGAAUGAAGAUGUAACAUGUGCCGAGGUUCAGUACGUGUUGAAUGGGGAGCCAAUUCGAUUGCCUUGUUGUGGGAACAGAAAUGACAGUUCUAACAUAACAUGGUUUAAAAAUGGUUCCCACAUACCAUUUAGUUCAGAUCCACAAUCAAGAAUCCAUCAAAAUAGAAAUGCUCUCUGGUUUUUCCCUGCAAGCUUAGAGGAUGCAGGAUGGUACAUGUGUGUCCUUAGAGAUGUUACAUACUGCACCAGGCUGAUUGUUUUUGAAAAUGAGAAAGGCUUGUGUUAUAACAGAUCCACACUCUUCCCUAAUUGGCAGUAUUCGGAAGCCACCAAAAUCAUAUGCCCAUAUGUAUGGGACUAUGUUGACAUCUCCAAGGCUCAGAUCAAAUGGUUUAAGGAAUGCCAGCCUUUGCAAAAUGAUAAGUAUUAUGCUUUGGCUGAUGCCCUGACCAUACAGAACGCUGUCAAGCAAGAUGAAGGAUUAUAUACUUGUGUUGUGCAGUUUGAGUACAGUGGGACAGAGUAUUCGUUGACUCGAACUAUUGAUUUGGAAAUUACAGUAGCGGCAGCUUCUCUUUUACCAUUUAUGCGAAAUCCCAGUAACACUAUUAACAAAGUGGAGUUAGGAUCUGCCAUAAGCCUCAGAUGCGAAGUGAUCAAUGGUGACGAAGUUUUGAUUAUGUGGACGUACAAUGAUUCUGCAGUUGAUGAGGUCUAUGAUACUGUUAUAACUGGAGAUAUCAUUCCUUCCAUGACUGAGGACGGAGAACCAAUGGUGUAUAGUUAUCUGAACUUUACAGAGAUUAAAGAAGAGCAUUAUAACAAGAAGUUCUAUUGUGAAAUUUUCAAUGCAAUGACUAAAGCUUACGUUAUGCUACAGCGUCCAGAUCCUAAUUUGCAGCCCUUUUUGAUCGCGUUUUUUGUAUCAUUGAUUUUCGUCAUUAUCAAUAUUGUAAUAGCCGUCAAGAUUUUUAAAAUUGAUAUUGUCCUUUGGUAUCGGAGUUCCUGCUUUGCUCGAAAAAAUAAAAAGGAUGGAAAGCUCUAUGACGCUUACGUUAUGUAUCCAAAAAGUCUAAGUGAAACCAGCUCCUAUCCCAUGGACGUCUUUGUACUAAAGGUGCUGCCUGAGGUCCUAGAGGAACAGUUUUCAUAUCGACUUUUUAUAUUUGGACGAGAUGUAUCACCAGGGGAAGCCGUGUCUGAUGUUGUUGAUGAAGCCAUCUCCCAGAGUCGAAGGCUGGUCAUUGUUCUAGGAAGCACUCAGUCCAAAAACUAUUUAAAGGAUGACUUUGAGCAGCAAAUCGCAAUGUACGAUGCUCUCAUUCGGAAUAAAAUUAAAGUGAUAUUAGUUGAAUUAGAGAAAGGCAUGGAAUACUCCAAUAUGCCAGAAUCCAUCCAGUACAUCAAACAAAAGCAAGGUGCUAUCCGUUGGAAAGGAGAUUUCAUGCAGUCAAACACAAAGUUCUGGAAACAUAUGAGAUACUAUAUGCCCCCAACCAGCACAAAGACCUGCUGCACUCAGACACCAAUACUCUGAAUAAGUGCUGAUGCUACUGUGGAAUGAGUUCGUUUUCCCACACGUGGGAGCAUUUUAUAAGGCUCUGAUAAUCAGAGUUAUUAAGCUGGUCACACAUGGAAGGAUAAGACUGGGCACAUAUGGGGCAUUGAGUUAUGUCCUACUAGAUAAUGGUCUGAUCAGAAUCAGAUUGCUCUUGUGCAGUAUCUGUAUCUCAGGGCACUAGGUGAUCUUGCAUAUACUAAUAAUUAGAGCUGUAUACACACAAGCCUCAUAGUUGCAAAGCAUUUGAAGGCCUAUUUAUUCAGUAAGAGAGAGAAAUAUUCCAAGGAUGCCAGUUCAUCCAGCAUGUCUUGGGGUUGCUGCCACCUUCAUCAGUUACAGCACUUUAUUGGGUAUGGGGUAGAAGGAGCAAGACUACUCCAUAGGCUAAACAUUUGCCCUCCUCAUGAAUACUCCUUAUGAAAGCUGCCAGGUCACAUAGGAGCCACUAUGGGGAGAAGUCACAACUGGGUGCUUUGCAAGUUUCAGCCUAAAAGUGACAUAAUACUCUACCCUUUAAUAAAUGAACCACUCUAGCUCUUUGGGCAAUGGUGCAUUUACCAAAAUGGCUAGUUCCAUAGCCACAAGGGACACAAUUGUUUUAGUAUUUGUUUACUUCUAUUUGCCAUUGCAAUCAAUCCACAUUAAUACGGGUAAUUUUAUUACUAACCCAGGCAGCAUGUGCUAAUGCAUAGAGCUGUAUUUCAGUUAGUUUAGGUGAGUAUUAACCAUCAUUAUUACUCCCUCCCUUUUUUAUGCAUUUAUAACAUUGAGACAAUAAACAAUACAAUAUUGGUUCUACAAA